AUGUUGGCGCAAGAGCAGACAGUGGACAUAAAUGCUAUCCUUUACCGGAUGUGGGAGAGAAUCACAAAUCUCACCGCACAACUUGAAGAAAUCCAGAAUGCACAAAGUGCUAGUACUAUUGACCCCGGCACUUUUAAAAGAGAUCAGGCUAAAUGUGCGGAAUGGUGGAUUAAGCUACAAAUUAGGAUCAAGGCAAACUGGGACGUGUUUGUCGAUGAUUUUGAAAUAGGGCGUCAGCACAUCCAUUCCUUCAAACAAGGAAACAUGAGGACGGAUGACUUUGUAACCUGGUUCCUGGCCCUCUCCAUUCAAGGGGGUCUUGGAAAUGAACAUGCAGUGGAGUUGUUGGAGUGCAAUGUGUCACCAGCUAUUGCACAACAACUCUAUCUGCAGGAUAUGAGAAACAAGGACCUCUCAGCAGCUGCAGAAGAGGUUCACAAAAUUAGUAAGGCCAUGGAGCUUUACCAAAUGCAAUUUGGUGGCGGGUCCACCACCAAAAACAACCAUUCUCAGAGGCACCCUGGGUCAUCACACCAAAAUCCAAAUCACUCUCACAGGUUAAAACUGUUUAGGCUGCAGCCAGGAUAG